CCCUCCUGGAGCUGGAGCUCACAGAAACCUUCUCACUUAAGAGAUGCUAUCACUUCUCUGCCAUUCCCUGCUGCUCAUCUUUGCUCACCAGUGCCUCAGCAGGGCUCAGAACAAUGGGCAGCUGGCUACCAGAGAUGGGCGAGCGGCGACUGAGAGGAGACAAUUCUGCCAAUGGCCCUGCAAGUGUCAAAGACAAAGGCCGUACUGUGCCCCGGGGGUGAGCUCCGUCCUGGACGGGUGCGGCUGCUGUAAGAGCUGCGCCCGGCAGAUUGGAGAGCCGUGCAACGAGAGGGAUGUCUGCGACCCACACAAGGGCAUGUACUGUGACUUCUCCGCUGACAAGCCAAGGUUCGAGGUCGGAGUGUGUGCAUACUUGAUGGCGGUGGGCUGUGACCUGAAUGGAGUCCACUAUGAGAACGGAGAAGCUUUCCAGACCAGCCCUCUCUACAAGUGCACAUGUAUCGCCGGAGCCAUCGGCUGCACCCCCGCUUUCAUUCAGAAGCCUGCAGGUCUCUUAGGCCCCGCCCCCCUGAUGGGAAACAUGCCAGCAGGCCUUCGCAGCAACCAGAGCCCAAAGAAGCACCAGCAGGACACCACCUACAUGUCAGCUUACAGGGAUCCUCCUUUAGCCUGGAAGAAGAACUGCCUGAUCCAGACCACCCCCUGGAGCCCCUGCUCUAAAACCUGCGGCCUGGGGAUCUCAGUACGGGUCAAUAACGACAACAGCAAAUGUGAGAUGAGGAAGGACCGCCGCCUGUGUCUGCUGCGGCCAUGUCAGAAGAGCAUCUUAAAGAGCAUCAAGGUGAAGAUGCCAAAGGGGAAAACAUGCCGGCCUAAAUUCCAAGCAAAGAAAGCAGAGAAGCUGACUUUGUCAGGCUGCACCAGCACCAAGAAGUUUAAGCCCAUGUACUGUGGGGUAUGCACGGACAAACGCUGCUGCGUCCCCAACAAGUCCCGGAUGAUCAAAGUCAGCUUCACAUGUAAGGGAGGCUCCAACACACAGUGGAAGAUGCAGUGGAUAACGUCCUGUGUGUGCCAGAGGAAGUGCAACGAUCCAGGUGACAUGUUUUCUGACCUGAGGUUACUCUAAUGGAUCUGUGAA